ACUGCAGUUGGUAGCAUGAAGAUUGUCACGUGAUCCAUUUCCUCUCUGGAACUGUAACACAAAUCUCAUUUCCUCAGCAGUCACAAUAUCUUUACCUUCAUCUGCAACUGACACUUGUGUGCCUGUAUGCCAACCUGCCUCUUGUCUUGUCUGCCUCCACGUUCAUAGGUGUUGAGAAGCCAUUCACCCCCAGUCAUGAUGGGGAAUUCCAGCAAGCUAGACAACGCCACCCUGUCCCUGUUUAUGAAUGUAAAUGCCAGCAUUGCCAUCUCUGUCAUCUAUAUGAUCGUCACUGCGAUUAACCUGGUAGGAAAUGGCCUUUCGAUGUGGAUCCUCAUCUUCCGUACCCCCAAGACCCCCUCCAUCAUCUUCAUGAUUAAUCUCACCCUCACCGACUUGGCCCUUGGCGCUGCCCUGCCUUUUCAGAUCGCCUACCAGUUCCAAGGAUACCACUGGAAGUUGGGAUCCAAGAUGUGCAGUGUCAUGACCCUUGUCUUCUACACCAAUAUGUACUGUUCCGUCCUAACUAUGAUGGCCAUCGGAAUUGACCGCUACCUGGGCAUUGUCUGGCCAAUGCGGUUCAGGCAGAUCAGGAAGAGAAAGUCCAAUGCAGUCAUCAGCUGCAUCCUCAUGUGGGGUUUAGUCCUGAGCGUUCUGUACCCGCUGAUGACCACAGACCUGACCUUUGACAUUCCUGAACUCGGGAUUACCACAUGCUUUGACGUGCUAAAGAAAAACAUGCUCCCGAACCUGACUGCCUGGGCGACCUUUCUCUUCAGCAUGGUGUUCGUCCUCUUCCUCUUCCCUUUCUGUGUCACAACAUUCUGCUACAUCAGUGUCAUACACAAACUGGCCAGAGAUUCCAAGACAGCCCAGAAAAAGAGAGCGAAACGUCUGGCCUUCAUUGUUCUCCUGGUCUUCACCUUGUGCUUUGCUCCAAACAACAUCCUUCUGUUGACUCACACUGUGCUGAGACUCUUCUAUAAGCAGUCUAUCUACAUGUCCUACAAACUGUCUCUCUGUUUCAGCUGCCUGAAUAGCUGCCUCGAUCCGUUCAUUUAUUACUUUGCUUCCAAAGAUUUCAGACACAAGCUGAGACAGAUAAUUAAUCUGCAGAGUCUGAGUAGUGGGGACUCAAUGAAGAUGGAACAUAGAGAGAGUUUGUACUCGGCACAUUGCACUUUCGAAGGUCAGGAGAGAGAACACAGCAAGGUGUCUUUGAUGCCACAGAACACCACAGCAUAGGGACACAGAAUGAGAAAAAGAGAAUAAAGAUUGAGGGAGCUGUGACAAAGGAAGUGAGAGAGAUAGAAACUGUGGGUUGCCCUGAGUGUGUCAAGCUCUUAUGUCUAACAAUUUCGAAAU